AUGAGCCAUUAUCUUGUGAGGAAGCGAGGUAUUCCCGUCUUGGCUCGGUCAAGGUCGGAUGCUGCCGCGCCGUGGCCUUGCACGCUGUUCGCAACAUAUUCAGACACGCAGGCGCAGGCGCAGGCGAGUCUGUGCCUUCGCUUCUCGAUACCUGUCUGCGGCUUCAGCCAAGACCAAACCUUUACCUUGAUAUACGAUGCCGACAACCUUAUGCCCGGGGGAAACUUCAUCAAGCCCGCAACCACAUUACUUCCACAAGACCAGCUGGCCCAACUUGCGCGAUCUGGAAACCCCGAGCUACGAGUGUUGGCUUUGGCCGUCAAGCAGCCGUGUUCCAUCCGCUGCCCUCACUCUCCGGGAAGCCUUGGCCCAAAGAACGGCUUUGAGGUCCCCUUUCACCAACUGCGGAAGAUUGCGCAAGCAACAGAAAUCGAUGUGCUACUUGACUAUAACUGGGUACACACAGACAACCGGGCGCUCCUCGAAAAGCUCCUCAAGCAUCCGGAAGAACUAGCAGGCCUUGUAGAGAAGGGCAAGUACACAAGACAACACAAGCGCGUGGACUGGACCGUCUUCGGACCUGUCAAUCAAGAAGAGCCGCCACCUUACGCCUCCGCCUCGCACAAGCGUUCACGACCGGCCCCAACAAACUCAUCACCCAAGCAUCCGUCUCCAAAACGCAUAUUACUUGAGCCUGCCCUCUUUCCAGGCUCGCCGACGGAAAAGGCUACCACGACCACGCAGUCGCCCAGUCCACGCCCUCCAUCUCCACAUGUGCUCGUCGCGCCCGACAUCCAAGAAGCGGUCAACAAAGCUGUCGCGUUAUAUCUCCCAAUCGCCCUAGAGUAUCAUCUACAAAAGCUUUUCGAAGAGGCGGUCGAGCAUGCGCAUGACCUACGCAACCAAGCCGACGGCGACUUUGAAGAUGUAAUCGCCGAUCACAAAAUCGAUAUUGCUGGAAUCAAGGAUGACGGCAUCGAUGAGAUGAAUCGCGUGGUGCACGACAAGCUAUCAGAGUUGAAGGAGCAGGCUCAGGACAUUGUGGAUGAUGCUGUAGAGAGAAUGCAAGAUGGUGCACUUGAAGCAUACGACAGCAUUGAUGGCAAGCUAAUAGCCAUGUUAGAUGAGCAGGACGAAUACCUAAGGCGUCAGAGGGAGUUGAAUUUGAGCUACAAGAGGAACUUGGACAAAGAGAGGAGCCGUAGAUGGCGAAACGCAUUGAGUGGCCGAGGCCAACGCUCCAUCUCCUUGCCGUUGUAAGAACACGACAUUGCGCCUGAACCGGGCUGGUGUUGACUUGGCGUUUACAUGUUGGUUUUCCAUCCAGUAGUGUCUUACGAUAGGGUGCGGGAUACCCCUGUACGGCUCGAGUCGUCUUAGAGUAUGACGUUCAGGACAUGGGUCUACAGUAUAGUACCUGGGACAUGAUUGUCGUUGUGUGUUCAAACAGGAUUGCUGAUCUGACUACAAUAUGUUGUGAGAUACUCAAGUAAGUCGGCGCUGCAUCCACAGCAUUGGUAGGUAAGUCAGAUGGCUUGUGGUUUCACUCACUUGCUUGAAACAUGCCAUCUCUUGUACUCUCUAGCCAGCUUUACUGGCGAUAUGUUUGAUUCUGUCUACUCGGUAGUCAGUCGCUCUCUUUCUCCUGGCAAUUUCUGAAGCUCUGCAUUGAUGCAUU